GAAAGUUUUAUUUGAAAACAUUAAAUUACUCGAAUGUAUUCGAAUAUAUGUAAAUGAAUGAAUGAAAUAUAAUAAUGUGAUCAUCAUUAAAAAAAAUACUGAAUGUCAUUAAGUCAAUGAAUAUAAAUUUAACUAAUUAGAGCAAAUCAACGUUGAAAUAUUACUGGAUUAAAGUUGAAAAAUUAAACAAAAUGCACACAAAUCUUUUAAUAUUAAUUUGGCGUCGUAAAAUAUCGCUUUUACUACUUGUUUCUUCCUUAAUACUUUGUGGUCUUUGGACUUGGGCCUAUUUGGAUACAAAACAAACGUUUACCCAAAAUUACAUUAAUUUACCCAGCGACAGCGAAGAUUCUACACCCCGAGAUUCCUACAAACACAUUUAUGUCUUGCAAAAACUGAUUUCGCAGGCUAAUCGCAUUUUAAGAUUUCAACAAAAUCAAGAUACCAACAACAAAAAGGACACCAAUGUACAAUAUCAUCCCAAUAGUUUGGCAAAUUCUGGUUUAACGCGUUUCGUUAAGCCCACCAAAAAUCCACCCUCUAUUGUUAUAGAAGAGGCUUCGGCUCAAACGUUAUCCUUGGUAGCCAGACGUAAGAAGUUGCCCAUAGUUGGAGAAAGUUAUCUGUUUGAAGAGGAACGUUUAAGGAUUUUGGAAAAUCAACAAAAGUCUCGCAACUCAGCCAUGGAUGAUUUACAAAGUCAAAUGGAAAAUGAUGCGCAAAUGUUGUCGUCAGCGGAAAAGCAGACCCAGUAUGAGCAUGAACUGCAACGCAUGGGUAUACCCAUGGUGGCUGGUAUAGGUCCCGAGGGGGCCCGAGCACCCAAUGAGCGUUUAGUGCAUUUAGAUCUAAAGGGAGCACCACCCAAGCUUUCUUUUUUGAAAACUUUAUUGCCGGUUUUAAAAACAUUGGGAGCCACAGGCCUGUUAAUCGAGUAUGAAGAUAUGUUUCCCUUUGAGGGAAAUAUUUCAACACUAUCUGCAAGAAAUGCCUACAAUCGUGAGGAACUUAAGGACUUUUUGGAGGCCUGUGCCGAGCAUGGCUUCAAUAUAAUACCUUUAGUACAAACUUUUGGUCACAUGGAAUACGCCCUAAAACUACAAGAGUUUGCCCACAUGCGCGAAUUGCCCGACAGUCCCCAGUCCAUAUGUCCCAGUCAAAAGCAAUCGAUGAAUUUUAUCGAUGCCAUGCUAACGCAAGUUAUCGAUUUUCAUUUGCAAUUGCAGCAGCCCAACAUCGAGAAGAUUCCCUUGAAAAUGUCGCACAUACAUAUUGGUUGUGAUGAAGUAUAUCGUAUGGGUGAGUGCACCCAGUGUAGACAGAAAACCAAAGGUGAAUUAUUUCUCAAUCAUGUGACCACCAUUGCGCAUUUCAUACGCAUGAAAUGGCCCCAAUUGAAAGUGAUUAUCUGGGAUGACAUGUUGAGGGGCAUGACCUUGAGUGAAAUGCAGCAUUCGCAAAUAGGCAACUAUGUGGAACCCAUGAUUUGGGUUUAUAUCAACGAUAUCUACCGUUUUAUACCGCCCAUGUUAUGGGAAAGAUAUACACGGGUAUUUCCCACCGCCUGGGCUGCAUCAGCAUUUAAAGGAGCUUUUGGUGAAAGCUUAAUGAUACCACCCAUACAAAGGCAUUUAGAAAAUAAUAUACGCUGGUUGGCCGUUAUAGCCAAGGAGGGCGCCAGAUUCUCUAAAGGUUUUCAGGGUUUAGCCCUAACCGGCUGGCAACGUUAUGAUCAUUUUGCUGUUCUAUGUGAACUUCUACCGACUGGCAUGCCCAGUUUAAUGGUAUCACUAUCAACCGUUUCGCGUGGCUAUUUCAAUACCAACCCCAAAGAAAAUGAUUUACUGAAAGUUUUACAAUGCGUCUAUCAAUUGGACAAACGACGUUCUGGCCAUCCCUGGUUGGAGUUGCAGCCAAACUCUCAUCAUAAUCAAUUAUUUUCGACUUGUGUAUAUUUGGGUCAUCAGUUUUAUAAAUUCUCUUUGAGGUUGUUUGACAUGUUGAGUGAAAUCGAAGUGUAUUUGCAACAGGUACAAGAGAAGAGCGCUUGGAUGUCUGACUAUAAUGUACGGCACAAUUUCACAUCAACAAUAAGGGUGCAUGAGCUGACACACAAGACACCCAUUUACAUUAGUGAACUACAGGGUAUGGCCAGGCAGGCCAAUGAAUUGUUAUACGAAACAUAUGAUGAGUUUACUAUUGCCGAAUUUAUCGAACAGUCAAUUUAUCCAACUAUUGGUUCAUUACAACGUCAUUUAGCCAAUGCUCAAUUACUCUUGCAACCCAAUACUUGGCCACAACGUCCUUUGCCAAUAGCUCAGGCUUUGCAUGAUUUAAAUUUAAUACCCAAUAAUCCACAACAACAGCAGCAACAACAACAACAGCAUCACCAGCAACAGCUACAACAAUAUCAACAACAGCAUCUACAAUAUCAACAGCAACACCAUCAUCAGCAUCAUGCAACAAAUUGAAGCACAUAUUCAUUCACUCACCUCUUUUGCAUAGAAUGUAUUAAUGUCUUCCGCAAACUCCACACAUGCAGACAGAGCAAACAACGGCAGUAGAAGAAACGGCGUUUAAUUAAAUUUAGUCGAAAAUGUUAACAUUAAAGGAAAUCAUUAUUAUUAUCAUACAUUUAGCCAAAAUUAAAAAUACACAUCUGCUCAAAAUAAUAGAUACACCAAAAUUUAUUUUUUAAAAACGAAAAAAAAUAAUGGUAUAUUGUAAAAUUAUAAAAAAAA